AUGGGUGUCACUGAAACUGCUAAAAGCGUCAUUAUCAAUACUGCGUCUGGAUCCAGUGCUGAAAUCUACCUUUUCGGAGCUACUGUCACAUCAUGGAAAGCAGGUGGUAAAGAACGAUUAUUCGUCAGUUCCAAAUCUGCUCUAGAUGGUAGUAAGCCUAUUCGAGGUGGUAUCCCCGUUUGCUUCCCAAUCUUUGGACCACCACCUUCAUCGCCAGCUGAAUAUGCAUCAUUAUCACAACAUGGAUUCGCUCGUAAUCAAACAUGGAAACUUGAUAAAAUAGUCAUGGACAGACCUGAAGGAGUUUCAAUUCGAUUUUUAGCUCCUUCACCUCCAUCAUCUUUCCAACACGCAUACAAACUAGCUUAUGUAGUCACAUUAACUGAACAUCAAUUAUCAACCGACGUUCAUAUCGUAAAUGAAAGUGAAGAACAAGAAUUCAAAUUUCAAGCUUUAUUACAUUCUUAUUUGGCUAUUCCAGAUUCAUCAAAGAUCAAGAUUACUGGAAUUGAUAAACAAACUAAUUACAAAGAUAAAAUCUUAGAUGGUCAAAUAUUACAAUCUGACGGUGGUGAAUUAGUGAUUGACAAACCCAUCGAUAGAGUAUACCAAAAAGUCCCAAGUCAAGAAAUCCACGUUGAUGAUGGCGCUGGAUCCGGGUUCAAAGUCAGAUUCAGAGGAUUUGAAGACUGCACAAUCUGGAACCCUACAGAAGAAGUCGGUAAGAACAUUGCCGAUAUGGAAGACAAGGGAUGGGAAAGAUACGUUUGCAUCGAACCUGGGUAUGUCAGAGAAUUCAAGACCCUUGCUCCCGGAGAAGAAUUCAUCGGUCAACAGAUCAUUACUGCUCUUUGA